CGACCAAGCUCGAGCUCACCAGCGCGCGGUGCACAAAAGGCCCCGGAUGAUCGGUUGAGGAGUUGGGGCUGGAAAUGGAUGAAUUCCAUAUCAUCUGGGAGUCGGAGGGGAUGAUAGUUAUGACAUGAAGAGAGCUGUGCAGACCAACCAUUCAUCUGGGCAGAAGAUGUUUUCAUGGCUUUAAAACUGUGGUACUUUAAAUUGACAGUAGAUAAAAGAAAAUCCCAGCUGUACGUCAACAAAAGGGGGAACCCAUUCAUCUGCCCAGACAGUGGGAAUGGAUUCAGUCGGUCAUCUCAACUGAAGGUACAUCAGCAAGUUCACACUGGGACAAGGCCAUUCCCCUGUUCUGUGUGUGAGAAGGGAUUCAGUUGGUCUUCCCACCUGUGGACACACCAGUCAGUUCACAUCGAGCAGAGGUUGGUCAUCUGCUGAAUUUAUGGGGAAGGAUUCACUCAGUUAUCUGACCUAAUGGCUCACCAGCGAGUUCACAUCGGGGAGCGGCCGUUCACCUGCUCAGACUGUGGGAAAGGAUUCACUGUGUCAUCUCAGUUACUGAGACACCAGUCAGUUCACACCGGGGAGUGGCCAUUCACUUGCUCAGUGUGUGGGAAGGGAUUCACUCAGUCAUGUAACCUGAAGAUACACCAGCGAGUUCACACUGGAGAGAGGCCAUUCACCUGCUCAGACUGUGGGAAGGAAUUCACUUGCUCAUUUAAUCUGAAGGUACAUCAGCGAGUUCACACUGGGGAGAGGCCAUUCACCUGCUCAGACUGUGGGAAGGAAUUCACUCAGUCAUCUCAACUGAUAGUACAUCGGCGAGUUCACACUGGAGAGAGGCCAUUCACCUGCUCAGACUGUGGGAAGGGAUUCACUGAGUCAUAUCAACUGAAGGUACAUCAGCGAGUUCACUCUGGGGAGAGGCCGUUCACCUGCUCAGACUGUGGGACGGGAUUCACUCAGUCAUCUCAACUGAAGGUACAUCAGCGAAUUCACACUGGGAUGAGGCCGUUCACCUGCUCAGUCUGUGGGGAGGGUUUCACAAAGUCAUCUGCUGUACUGAGACACCAGUCAGUUCACACUGGGGAGAGGCCAUUCACCUGCUCCGUGUGUGGGAAGGGAUUCGUAGAGUCAUUUGAACUGAAGGUACAUCAGCGAGUUCACACUGGGGAGAGGCCGUUCACCUGCUCAGACUGUGGGAAGGGAUUCAUUCAGUCAUCUCAUCUGAAGGCACAUCAGCGAGUUCACACCGGGGAGAGACCGUUCACCUGCUCAGUCUGUGGGAAGAGAUUCACUUGCUCACCUCAUCUACUGAGACACCAGUCAGUUCACACCAGGGAGUGACGAUUCACUGGCUCAGUCUGUGGGAAGGGUUUCAAUUGGUCAUUUCACCUGCUGACACACAGGGAAAUGGCCGUUCACCUGCUCUGUCCAUGGGAAGGGAUUCAUUCAAUCAUCUCAACUGAAGGAACAUCAGCGUGUCCACACUGGGGAGAGACCAUUCACCUACUGUGAAUGUGGUGAAGGAUUUGUGGUGGACAUGGACUGUGCCUUUAAAUAAGAGAGAGAGAAAAACUGUCUACAGUACUGCUGCCUGCUUCUUGGUUGCCAUGGUGAGAGACAGGCGGAGUUAUGUGAUGGACAGUUCAAUGUUUACAGUUGCUUCUUGGUUGCCAUGGUGAGAGACAGGCGGAGUUAUGUGAUGGACAGUUCAAUGUUUACAGUUGCUUCUUGGUUGCCAUGGUGAGAGAGAGGCGGCGUUAUGUGAUGGACAGUUCGAUGUUCACAGUUGCUUCGUAGCAUGUUUAUUUAAGCAAGGUCAGAUGACUCUCCCAGAGACACACAGUGGGACACCGGUUACGGUGACCAGUCAGUGAAAGGAGGCCAGUGACAGAGGAGUCACUGGGUGGGACUUUCGAGUGCCCACAAGUGUGGGUUGAGGAUCGAUCAGAGGAAUCGAUCAGUAGCUGUCACGGUGUGUGGAAGGGCUGACCCUGUGGAGGCUACCGGUGUGUCUACCCUUGCCUGGGAGGUAGCUCACCCUCGAAGACGGUCCCCUUAGUGAUAAGCUGCGUUUGGCUAACUCAAGAGUGGAUUUGGAGCCUGAUGAACUGUUUACUCAUUGUUCUCCUGGUGUGGUUUUCACCUUGGAUUACAAAUACCCUCUCUCACACACCAAUUCCGUGGAUUGAACUGAACUUCCUUACAUUACCAUCGUAAGACUUUAACUCUUGCCACCCAAGCUUUAACGAGUUUGGGAAGUAUAUUUAUACACAUAUAUAUGCGUAACACUGCUAAUUUUUGAUUUACCUGGUUUAAGUUACUAUAUUAAAUAGUUACUAAUAAAUAGUGGUUUUUAACAUCAAAAGCAGACUCCAGUUG